GUCAAACAACCUGCAAAAAUUUCCCAUUGGCAUUUAGCCAGCGGUGAUUCAUAACAACACCUGCAAUACAACAAAAUGUAAUAUCGAUUUCUAAAUUGUUGCAGUGAUAAUACCACAAACUCAUAAACCAUGACCGAUCCGAAAACGGAAAUCGAAAACGUCCGCGUUUUUAUCAGGGUGCGUCCCCUGAGUAAGAAGGAAAAAAGUGACGAUCAUCAGAACAUAGUGCUAGUCGAUACCUCGGAAAAUUUGAUAGUCCUCAACAAAGAUGGAAAUGGGGAGAAGAGAAAGCCUUACAAGUUCGACCAGAUAUUCGCCGAAGACUCGACUCAGCUCGAUUUGUACAGGGUUAUCGCUGCACCAAUUGUGGAGAAAGUAUUGCAAGGUUACAAUGGAACAAUAUUUGCCUAUGGACAAACGGGCACCGGUAAGACUUACACUAUGGCUGGAAACAUGUCGAACACAGAGUCCAAAGGAAUAAUACCCAACGCCUUCUCACAUAUAUUCACCCAAAUAUCCAGAUCGAGCGAAGAGAAAUCCUUUGUUGUUACUGUAACUUACCUUGAAAUAUACAAUGAAGAAGUACGCGACCUCUUGUCGUCAAAUCCAAAUAAAAAGCUUGCCAUUCGAGAAAGGACAGAUGUAGGUGUUUACGUCAAGGACCUUAUGGGUUUUACGGUGGAUUCCGUAGAUUCCAUAACGGAACUGUUGAAUAGAGGAAACAAAAAUCGAGUGACCAGAUCGACACUAAUGAAUGAUGUCAGUAGCAGAUCACAUGCGAUUUUUACCAUAACUAUUGAGUCAAGAAAUAAUACUGAUAACAAAACGACAGUUGGAAAAUUAAAUUUGGUCGAUUUGGCUGGGUCUGAAAGAGCGAGCAGGACUCAAGCUACUGGGGAGAGGUUGAGGGAAGCUAGUAACAUCAAUUUAUCCCUUUCUGUGCUUGGAAACGUUAUUUCAGCAUUGGUCGAUGGAAAAAGCACUCACAUUCCUUACAGAAACUCUAAACUGACACGCCUCCUUCAAGAUUCUCUUGGAGGUAAUUCAAAGACUGCUAUGAUAGCCAUGAUAAGUCCUUGCGAUUUGGAUUUCGAGGAAAGCACUUGUACUCUUCGGUACGCAGCUAGGGUGAAGCAGAUUCAGAAUCAUGCCUAUAUUAAUGUGGAACAGAGAGGGCUCAUUGAAGGCUUCGAGCAAGAAAUUGCGGAUUUGCAGCAAAAAAUCAUGGAGCUUUCCACCCAAGAUAUCCAGCCAACUAGAAAAAGACGUGAAAAGUCCGCCAUCGAAGCGAGAAACGAAGAAUCACAGAAAUGGAAGGCCGAAUUGGAGAAAACGGAGAAAGAAAAGUCUGAGCUCGAACAGAAAAUAUCGAUGAUUCAAAAGAAGAUUCUUGUUGGCGGUAUAAACCUCUUGGAAAAGGCCCAAGAGCAAGAGUUUGAACUCAAGAGCACAGAUGCAGUCUUGGAAAGUCUAGAUAAGAGUCACCAGGAACUUCAGGAGAAAUUGGAGAAAACUGGCGCCGAAAAGAUCGAUUUCAAAGAGAAAUACGCUACUUUGCAGGAGGAAGAAGCUGCUUUAACCAAAAAAAUCAAGAAGAUACAAGCCCUACUGAAUGAAUUCAAGGAAGAGUACAAAGAUAAGGAGCACGAGUAUCAGAGGGAAAUGGAAGCUUUACUUGACAAUAACCGCCUCUUGAUGAGAGAGACUCAACUUGCCGCCUUGAUAAUUGACAGUUACAUUCCAAUCGAGUACACUCAGAAAAUCGAGCAAAACUUGAUAUGGAACAUGGAAAGUCAAGAGUUCCAGAUGAAGGGUGUCGCUUACACUGGAAACAACAUGAGGAAACACAAAAUCCACAGCACGGAGUUCGAUGUGGCGUACAGGCACGAGUUGAAGCCCGUCUACCAUAAAUACGCGGAGAAAAGGAGAGAAAAGAGAAUAUUAGAAAAGAAGACUUAUUCGGCAUUGCAGAAGUACGGAAAGUGAAUUGAGGUUAAGGUACGAGUCGGGAGGAAUUAAGGUUAGGGUGGUGGUGGUGGUGGUUAGUUGAAUUGGUAAAAGUAAGAAUGGAUGACGAAGGAAAUUUUUUUUGGUAUAUCAAAUUGCUUGGGUUUGUAGAUUGUCUGAAAAGGCGAUAGUUGCUCGAGAAAUGUAGGAAAUUGUGUGCUAAGUAAUUUUUUAACCCAGUUAGGUUUGAUAAACAGCGGCAUGUUUAAAACUAACAUAGAGAGCCUCCACAAGGAGACAUAGACAACUGAAAUAACCUAAUUUUUUUUUUAAGUUUCAAUACUUUGUGUUUAUUCGGUCUUAAUCUUUAUUUUUGAUGGUUUGUCAGCAUUCGAUCUUCAUUAUUGUAUUGUUUUUCAACUAUACAUUGUGAAGAUGAGAAUUUCAAGCUGACAAAACAAAUUUUGCUAAAAUCCAGUUACACUGAGCGGUAUUGAAAUUCAUAGAGUGCCUACAUCAGAUUUAGCAGCUGAUUUUUCUGUAGUUCAACAUCGUUUGAUGUUUUAAAAUCGUAAAGCUUUUGACAGCUUCAAAUUUUGACAAUAGAGCACUUAUCGAACUGUCAAAAAAGUUUGUUGCCGUUGGUUACUGUGGGGCAGGCAAAGCGUUUAGUGUGUGCCCUGGUUUGAAAUAUUUUCUUACGAUUCAACUCGAAACGGAUCAGGUUUAGGUAGGUUUUGUGCCCUCGAUGAAUAUAGUAUUUUUGGCAGCAUUUAAAGGUCGUUCCUUGCCCAGUAAAGCGUUCUAGUCACACUUUUAGUCAAGUAUUUAGGAGAAUUUCCACAUAUAUUAUUAGAGGUGAUAGUUUCAUGUUUACCAGCUUCAAAUCAACAUUUUGUUCUUCUUUUAUUUGGAUUCGGAGGACAGAAUGAUUCAUUUUGAGUGAAAUAUGAAGUUAUCGCCUGUUUUUUCGAAAAAUCUUUAUGCAUUAUUAAGAAGCUAUUAGUUGUUACUAUUAACAAGUAAUCAAAACGUAUAUGGACUUGCCCACUAAUAUUUACCAGUAUUCAAAGCGUUACGUCAUCUGACAAUACUAUAGUUUUAUUAACUCAGAGAUAGGUUUACAAUUUAUUUUUUUCAAAAGUGGUAUCAUUUUUGUGCAGUAUUCAACAUAGAUGAUGUAAGUAUCAUGUGAAAAUCUAUGUCAUUUGCUGUGAUCUCGCUUUAGGUAUUUUUUUUUGCGUCAUUUAGAUGCACUAUUUGAUAUAUUAUGAGUUGUGAGCACUUUGUCAAAGACGCAAAGUGUUGUGAUUAAUUUAUAUUAUUUUUGCGAUAAUUUAUUAUACAUAGUUUUUUUCGCAUGUUAUUGAUGUUUAAUAUAUAUAUUUUGAAGGUAUUUUUGUGACGUUCCAACACAAUAAACACAUGAGAAUCAA